AUGAAUAGGCCAACCUGGCAAUGGUCUGCAGGAACCUCUCCGACGCCCACAGCCUCCAGGAGCUCCGAGGCAGACCAACCCCCUGAAGAAUCCCGGCAGGCCGGUGAUUCAGGUGUUCCCAGACCUGAGGCUCCCAAAAAACAUUACCCACCUCGCGUCUGCCGCAUCUGCCUGGAGUCUGUGCCUCCCACCUUCGUUCCUCCCUCUGAGAACAUACCAGGGUUUCUCCAGCGCGAGCCACGGAUUAUCUAUGAGUCUUCGGAUCCAGAGCUAGGCCGACUCCUUCGGCCCUGCAAAUGCAAAGGCUCUGCCCGGUAUGUCCACGAAGGAUGUCUCCAAACCUGGCGUCAUGCGGAUCCCGGCUACGGCAAGCGGAACUACUGGAACUGCCCGACUUGUGGGUUUCGGUACCGGCUAGGUCGACUCGCCUGGUCGCGCUGGAUCAGUAGCACUGUUACGCAGAUAUUCUUAACCUUCAGCAUUCUGAUUUUGACCGUAUUCGUUCUUGGUUUUAUUGCUGACCCCAUCAUUAACCUUUACGUCGACCCCAUGGACACGAUCUACUACGCUGAAUUCUGGGAAGUCAAUAGGGUAUCGAACACCAAGCGGGCUUCUUGGUUCGAGCACUUCGUCAAGGGAGUCGCGUCGUUAGGACUGUUGUCGUUUGUCAAGGUGAUAUUUGCCAUGUCACCGUGGCAUUGGUUCAACAUCCGGUCCACAUCUGUGGUGGGUGGACGCAGAAACGCCGGGAGAAACCGAGUAGCUUCUCUGAGCUGGAUCAUGAUUGUGAUUGGUGUUGGAACUUUUCUCUGGGCUGUAUAUAAAGGCGUAAGAGCUUGGAGCCGGAGAACGUUGGAAAAGGCCAGCGAACGCGUGCUGGAUGUUCCCCUACCUGACGACGACGAUGAUGAUGAUGGGGUUGAGGAGACAGGACGUAAAAUGCAAUAA